GUUUGCAACUUCGUGGUCCAUGAUCGCUGCCAGAAAACUGUAGCAUCACCGUGUUCCAGCAUUGCCGCCAGCCUUAUCAAGAAUCCAGUAGCUCAUUGUUGGUCGGAGCCUUUCCAUCAUAAAAGAAAAUUUUGCAAUGUCUGUAGAAAAAGACUGGACGACUGUGAAUCGAUCCACUGCGAAAUCUGCGAGUACUUCGUACACGUGGAGUGCCAGGACUUCGCGGUGGCCGAUUGCAAAGAGAACGCCACGUAUUUGCCGGGCAAGCAGCUGUCGUUCGUCCACCACCAGCACCAUUGGCGCGAGGGCAACCUGCCCAACAACUCCAAGUGCGCCCUCUGCAAGAAGACCUGCUGGACGACGGAAUGCCUGUCGGGGUACCGGUGCGAGUGGUGCGGCAUGACGAGUCACGCGGCGUGUCACGUGAGCAUCACUGGCGAGUGCACUUUCGGCAUGCUGGAGCCGAUCUAUCUGCCCCCGCAUGCGGUCAGCAUCCCCCGGACGGAGGUGCCCAUGGAGGCGAUCAUCGGGGUGCAGGUCAGAAGGAAGGACACGCUGUCCCUCGUCAGUGGCGAUAGGGUAAGGAGAAGUGCUUCUUUGACGAGCGUUCUGAAGCGUCUUUCUAUUGUUUUGCCGAAUUCAUGCCAAAGCAAAUGCCAGACCCCUUUGUCGCCACCCUAUUCUCGAGCGCGGAGUACCUCUGAGGAGUUCAGCAGCGGAGACACAGGUCGGUACAGGGAUUCGGAGGAGUAUGCCCAAUCGCAUCCACCCAGCAGAGACAGUCGGCAAGACAAGCAGAACAAAAAUCAGGAGGAAAGGGACGAAGAGGUGAUAAAGGUGUACGAUGGCAACACUUCUCUGCGCCGGCGCCUUUUCCGCACGAUCGUCGUUUGGCGGCAGGCCAGUCUGCAACAAGUGCUGACGCAAGCGCUGCGUGCCUUCCACGUGACCAAGGAUCCCGAGUCGUUCCAUCUCACCGACUUGUACUCGCCCGAGGAGGCGGUGGUGCGCGAUCCAGCGCCCGUGAUGAGGUUGCACAGGAAAGAGGGGAAGCGGCCGGCUGUUUUCCUCAGACUCAAGGACCGUGACAACGACAGCGGCGAGGUGCGUGUGUACCCCGGCAAAUUGCAAGUCUCGCAGGCAUUCUGCACCGUGCCGGUGGACUUCAAUUCGACGGUGGGCGACUUGAUUCGAGAGGCGCUCAACCGCUUCGGCCUCGACGACUACAACGCCGAGGAUUACCGAUGCAGCGAGGUGCUGUUAGACAGAGGAGUUACCGAGCGGGUAUUGUCAUGGAACGAACGUCCGUGGGAGAUAAUGAAGCAGCUGGGCAAGGACAGCAUAAGACAGAUGGAGCUGAUGCGGUUCUACCUGCAACUCAAACAAGAUCCGCACGGCCCCAAUUUGGCACUGUUCGUCGGCAAUCUGCCGCCGAAUUUGUCCGAGCGCAACUACGAGAAUAUCCUCACCGAUUUUUUAGGAAAGGAAAACAAAUUUUCAAAGAUUGGUCCGAUCUACUACGAAUACGGCUCGAUGGUGAUCACAUACGAAGACUCUGACAAGGCUGUGAGGGCACUCUACACUCUACGAGAGUCCAAAUACGAAGAUAAACAACCAUUACUCGUGAUGCUGUUGCCAAACAUCGAGCCGUCGAUGAUCCCCGAAGGCGUGCAGCCGUUGCUGGUGUUCGUCAACGUGAAGUCGGGCGGCUGCCAGGGUCUUGAGCUCAUCUCCAGCUUCAGGAAGCUGCUCAACCCCUACCAGGUGUUCGAUCUUGACAACGGCGGGCCGCUGCCUGGACUCUACGUCUUCAGAAACAUCAAGAACUACAAGAUCUUAGUGUGCGGGGGCGACGGUACGAUCGGUUGGGUGUUGCAGUGCUUAGACAAUGUUGGACAAGAUUCGCAAUGCUCGUCACCUGCGUGCGCCAUCGUACCUCUCGGAACAGGCAACGACCUUGCCCGAGUGUUGCGUUGGGGCGCAGGUUAUACCGGAGGCGAAGACCCCCUGAACCUCCUGCGUGACAUCAUCGACGCUGAAGAGAUCCGCCUGGACAGGUGGACGGUGGUGUUUCAUCCGGAGGACAAGCCUGACGACGGUGGCGGCGGUGGUGGCGGUGGAGGCGGCGGAGGAGGCAACAAGCAGGUCAACUCCACCGGUAAGAAGAGGCAAAAACUGUCCAAAAUCAAAGUGAUGAAUGAGCAAAUUAGAAAAGCAGUGGUGACAGGAUCGACGAGCGAAGACAAUUCGCAGAUCUUCGUGAUGAACAACUAUUUCGGCAUCGGCAUCGACGCAGAUCUCUGUCUGGAUUUCCACAACGCGCGCGAAGAGAACCCCGGCAAGUUUAUCAGCCGUUUGCACAACAAGAGCGUAUACGUGAAGAUGGGGCUGCGCAAGAUGGUCGGCCCGAAGAUGUGCAAAGAUCUGCACAAGGAGGUCAGGUUGGAAGUGGAUGGAAAGCUGGUGGAGCUGCCGCAGGUCGAGGGCAUCAUCAUCUUGAACAUUUUGAGUUGGGGAUCGGGAGCAAAUCCUUGGGGUCCGGAAAAGGACGACCAAUUUUCCAAACCUAACCAUUGGGACGGUAUGCUGGAAGUGGUGGGAGUAACUGGGGUAGUUCAUCUGGGACAGAUUCAGUCCGGAUUCAGGACUGCCAUGCGGAUUGCUCAGGGCGGACAUAUAAAGAUCCAUCUGAAUUCUGACAUUCCUGUCCAAGUAGACGGUGAACCAUGGGUACAAAGUCCUUGUGACGUCGUAGUUUUAAAAUCCGCUCUGAAGGCCACCAUGUUGAAGAAGUUGAAGGGGAAGAUGAAGAGGCGCAACACCGAACCCUCCAUGCUGGUGUCUCCCGGCGUCCAGCUGGUUCCUUUGCCCUCUAACGAUGGCGGGGAUUCACCAACGGAUCCCAACAACACCACGUUUUAAUCGAAAAAAUGCGCGUGUUUUUGCCAUGGAAAGAGGAACGUAUGGUGUGCUAUUCAUAGGGUGACCAGAUAAGGGAAAUAAAAAAGAGUACAUUCAGAGGCGAUUUUUUUCUUCAUUAUUCAAGGUCAAAUUCCUUCAAAUCGAAAUUUAGAAUUCCUUCUAUAUUCUAAACACCUGCCUAUUUUUACCGAUAUAUUGAGUCAAAGAAUGAAUUCAAAAAUGUGUACACCGAUUGAUAUAAAUCAUCUCAUUACAAAUACAACAAGAUACGGACUACAGAGCCAUAGAUAGAGCAGAAAGCACAAAAAGAUAUAGAGUACGAGGACAGCCUUGGAAAAGAGUACUUGAACUAUUAAAAGAGUACGUAUGGCCAACAUAUAGCUAUUCACUAUGCCGAAAAUGUUGCUUUUAUCAGACUUACCGGUAGUGACAGUUUCUUUGCAACGUUUUUUUUAAUGUAUGCAACUUCCAUAUGAUGAAUUUUAUGAGUUUUCAACAUGUCCUAGACAAUUAUCAAUUUGUGAUAACGGCGUCACCAAUCAAAUCAUAAUUCGCAUUGAAAAUUGAUGAUUUUUGCACGAUAAGAAAAUGCAUGAAAAUUGGUUCUUGUUGAGAUUUGAAAAUAAUGAUACUACGGAAAAAAAUUGCAUACGCCGCCCUCAUGUAGGAAGACCCGAACAUAAUAGAACAUGUAUUGAAGAGUGGUCUAUUUUUAAAAAGUUAAAUAACUCAUGCAGACUUACUUUUGGUGUUACUUUCAUCAUGAUGAGGUACUUUGCAUACAAUUGUGUCGUGCACAUGCCCUGUAGUGAUUUUUCAAACAUGCACUGUUUUUGUAAACACAAUAAUAAAAGUGCAUUUAUCAAAAAUUACCAUAGCGCAUGUGCAUACGACGAUUGUAUGCAUAGUAGUUUAUUGUGAUACAAGUUACACCAAGAAUUAAUCUGCGGAAAAGCAGACGUUGAAUAAUUGUUCGAAAGUACCCCCCUCUCCAUUACAUGUUGAGUAAAUAGUUUC